AUGAGGGUGGUGCUGGAAGUAAACAGUGAAUUUAUUGUUGAGGUGAAAGAAUUAGACAUAGAAAAUGGCGCUACAAAAUGGCAAACUGUCAGAAGACAAAAGCGGGAGUGGAUCAAGUUUGCUGCAGCGUGUCGAGAAGGAGAGGACAACUCCAAGAGGAACCCGAUCGCCAGAAUUCGGUCAGACUGCGAAGCGAACCAGAAGAUUACAUACCGCAUCUCUGGGGUAGGGAUUGAUCGACCACCUUAUGGUGUGUUCACCAUUAACCCUCAGACUGGUGAAAUUAACAUCACCUCAGUGGUGGACAGGGAGAUAACUCCACUUUUCUUGAUCUAUUGUCGGGCUCUGAAUUCACGGGGUGAAGAUUUAGAAAAGCCUCUUGAGCUUAGAGUCAAAGUUAUGGACAUAAAUGAUAACCCUCCAGUCUUCACACAAAAUGUGUACGCAGCCAGCAUUGAAGAAAACAGUGAUGCAAACACACUGGUAGUAAAGUUAAGUGCCACAGAUGCAGAUGAAGACAACAAUCUGAAUUCUAAAAUUGCCUACAAGAUAAUCUCUCAGGAGCCAGCAGGUGCACCGAUGUUCAUCCUGAACAGGUACACUGGAGAGGUCCGCACGAUGUCCAGCUUCCUGGACAGAGAGGAACACACUAUGUAUAACCUCCUCGUGAGGGGCUCGGAUCGAGACGGAGCUGCAGAUGGGCUGUCUUCCGAGUGUGCCUGCAGAAUCAAGGUUUUGGAUGUCAACGAUAAUUUCCCCAUCUUGGAGAAAACUUUUUAUUCAGCAAACAUCGAAGAGAAUUGUUUAAAUUCAGAUCUGAUACGAUUAAAGGCAACUGAUCUUGAUGAAGAAGGCACUGACAAUUGGUUAGCAAAAUAUUUCAUUCUCUCUGGAAAUGAUGGGAAUUGGUUCGAUAUUCAAACAGACCCACGGACCAAUGAAGGCAUUUUGAAAGUCGUCAAGAUGCUGGAUUAUGAACAAAUGCCUAAUGUUCACCUUGGUAUUGGAGUUAAAAACCAAGCUGAUUUUCACCCUUCAGUUGCCUCUCAAUUCCAAAUGCAUUCAACCCCUGUAAGAAUUCAGGUUAUUAAUGUGAAAGAAGGGCCCAAAUUUGAUCCAAAUUCUAUGACUUUCCGUGUGCGAGAAGGAGUAAGAGGAGAUUCCUUAAUGAAUUACAUACUUGGCACAUAUACAGCUGUAGAUUUGGACACAGGAAAUCCUGCAACAAAUGUCAGGUAUAUCAUAGGACAUGAUGCCGGCAACUGGUUAAAAGUUGACUCAAGGACUGGUGAGAUACAAUUUUCUAGGGAAUUUGAUAAGAAGUCAAAAUAUAUUACCAAUGGGAUAUACAAAGCAGAGGUCUUGGCUGUAGAUGAUGGCUCUGGGAAAACGGCUACAGGAACCAUAUGUAUCGAAGUUCCUCAUGACAACGAUUACUGCCCAGUCAUUUUUGCUGAAAGUGACUCCAUCUGCAUAGCCUCUCCAUCUAUCCUUAUAUCUGCGAGAGACAUUAACCAUCAUUCAUAUGGGUCUCCAUUUACCUUCUGUGUCGUUGAUCAGCCACCAGGGACAGCUGGCUUAUGGGAUAUCAGGUCAAUAAAUGCUACCUCCGCAAUCCUGACGGCUGAGCAGCCUUUACUAGCUGAUACUUACCAAAUCCCAAUCCUGGUGAAGGACAGCUACAACAGGGAGUGUGAACUGCCACAGAUAGUCAAGUUAGUUGCCUGUGAUUGUGACAACAGCCACAUGUGCUUGCACCCUAGUACCCCAGCCAUCUCCACUACAGAUGGCAGCUCAGUUGUCAGUGACAUAUAUGGGCCUGUCCCUGAAGACCGAAUUAAGGUUUCAAAUGUUGGUCUCGGACCAGCAGCAAUUGGCAUGAUCAUUCUGGGCCUCUUACUACUGCUCUUGGCACCACUGUUGCUACUCAUAUGUUGCUGCAAACGAAGACAGCCAGAAGGCCUGGGGACCAGGUUUGCUCCAGUGCCGGAGGGGGGAGAAGGAGUGAUUCAGUCUUGGGGAAUAGAAGGGGCCCAUCCCGAGGAUAGGUCCACGACCUACUUGGGGCUAUGCGGCGGUGCACGGCAGACAGCAGCUGGCAGUGGUUUGCUGGGAUAAACAAUGCAGACAACUCAAACACUGGUUGCACACCCUCUCCUCACAGAAAUCUACACCAACACCUAUGCGGGCGGAGGAACAGUCGAAGGGGGCGUAUCAGGAGUGGAACUCAACACAGGUCUGGGGACAGCGGCUAGCCUGGCCGCUGGCGGAGCAGUGGGAACACUGAGGAGGAGGAGCUCAACGCUGGGAACCCAGAGGGAAUAUGCAGACACCGGUCUGAACAUGGCCUUCCUGGACAGCUAUUUCUCUGAGAAAGCACAUGCUUAUGCAGAUGAAGAUGAAGGUCGGCCAGCAAACGACUGCUUGCUCAUUUACGACCAUGAGGGAAUAGGGUCACCUGUGGGCUCGAUUGGUUGUUGCAGCUGGAUUGUGGAUGAUUUAGAGGAAAACUACAUGGACAACUUAGACCCGAAAUUUAGAACUCUUGCUGAAAUCUGCUUAGACACAGAAAUUGAACCAUUUCCCUCGCACCAAGCUUGUAUACCUAUCAGUACUCACCUCCCUUUGCUCGGGCCUAAUUACUUCGUUAAUGAAUCUUCAGGAAUGACUCUCUCGGAGGCUGAAUUCCAGGCAGAAAUGGCGAUGCCAGAACCCAUGGUCCAUGGGGACAUUGUGGUGACUGAGACUUACACUAGCACUGAUCAAUGUAUGCAACCCACUACGAUUGUUUUUGAUCCACAGCUUGCACCUAGUGUUGUAGUGACGGAAACAGUGAUGACGCCUGUCUAUGACGUCCAAGGGAAUAUCUGUGUACCUGCGGAGUUAGCCAACACACAACAUGUAAUCUAUGCUGAGAGAGUACUGCCUAGUCCUGGUGUGCCUGACAUGAGGAGCAGCAGCAUGACUGAUGGUUGUAUGGGCCCUGUGAUGAGUGGCAGUAGUUUAGUAGGGCCAGAAAUUCAAGUGACGCAAAUGAUGAGCCCAGAUAUUCACAUAAGCCAAACCAUUGGUUCCACAUCCCCAAUGACACCUCGACACAGAGUAACACGGUAUAGUAACAUACAUUACUCCCAACAGUAAGCGCUGUAUGGUUAGUAUUCCUUGCACCUUAUAAUCACCAACAUAGCCACCAAAGAUGUAUAAUGUACUAUAUUUAACAUUUUAAUAGUCAACAAAAUUCAAAUUUUUAAAAUUUAAUUGCAUGCUUUGAUUAUAUCUUUUUUGGAGGUAAAUAUGGCUGAGCACUUAUAAGCUUUUGGAAAUUCUUUCUGAUUUUAAGUAAUAAGCAAAGAAAGCUGAAAACUGUGUCACAUCCUUUGAGAUUGUCUGAUAAAUAGCACAUAACUCAUAAGGAGAAUCUUAAGAGGUCUUCAGGCCUGUAGAACUGGUCAUGUCAGCCAAGUUGCCCUUGCCCUUGGAGGCUGCAAAAGAAGCCUUGUGUGCAGUCACCAGUCAUGUGUAUCUUUAGAAAACUAUCUCUAUUGAAUAGGUUUAAUUGAAAAAGUGAAUGAAAUGUACACUUCUGAAAGGAAAUUGAAAAGGACGAUGGAGCAUUUAUAAAUAGAAAAAUAAAGUAAUUUGUCUCUUCAAACAAUUUCUCAAGAUAUGAAACAUUUAGGGAAUGCUUAAUAUAACACAAGGAAAGAGUUUGCCAGCUAAAUGUAUCACUGAGAAUGGCCUGUUGAAACGACUCAU